GUAGACGAGCGGUCAGCAGAAGUAUCAGGGGACAGAGGAGGGAGGGGGGAGGAUGAAUGGACACAGCGACUCUGACGUCCCCCUUUCUGAGUGCGCGUGCGGUCACUCGGCUGCUGGUGGCCCCCACACACACAGCCCAAUGUCAGGCCGCCGGGUUGGCUUCUGUCUCAGCGAUAAGAAGCGCAGGAAGAUUGGUUUGGACGCUUUUGCAGAUAUCUGUGCGGGCCAUGGAGUGGAAGUGGUGGAGAUUGACCUCUCUAAGCCGCUGGGACCCCAGGGACCCUUCAAUGUCAUCGUUCACAAGCUGUCCGAUGUCAUCGUGGAGGCUGAACAUGACAGCCAAUCACAGCAGCUCCUCGCCAACUUCCAGAGCUAUGUCUCAGCUAAUCCCAGUACAGUUAUUCUGGACCCCCUGCCUGCCAUGAGCCAGCUACUAGACCGCUUUGUCUCUUAUCGGAUCAUGACCAAGCUGCACAACUCACUCCAAGACUGGCAUAUCUGCAGUCCUCCUUACCUGGAGAUCCACAGUGCCAGUGACCUGCCAUCCCUUCAGCAGGCUCUGAUGACCCAGGGCCUGAGCUUUCCUCUCAUUUGUAAAACCAGAGUGGCCCAUGGCGCACGUUCCCAUGAGAUGUCUGUGAUCUUCAGUGCAGCGAGCCUGGCUGUUGUCCAACCUCCCUGCGUGCUCCAGAGCUUUGUCAACCACGGCGCUGUUCUGCACAAGGUGUUUGUUGUGGGAGACAGACACUUCUGCGUAGAGAGGCCCUCACUCAAGAACUUCCCCUCCGGUCCCUCUGACAGGGAGACCAUCUUCUUCAACAGCCACCAGGUGUCCAAGCCAGAGUCGAGCUCUGAUCUCACGGCGCUGGAUGAGCAGAUGCCCUGCCUGCCUCCCCCCAGCUCUGAGGCCGUGGCCGCUCUGGUCAGAGAGCUCCGAGUCCUGCUUGACAUGACCCUGUUCGGCGUGGACAUCAUCAUCAACAUACACACACACACCCUCACCGUCAUUGACAUCAACAUCUUCCCAGGCUAUGAGGGAGUGCCCCAGUUUUUCCCCUCUCUGCUCAGCCACAUUGAGUCAGUGUUGGCCAAACAGGCUUCUGCUGGCCCCCAGCCUACAGCACAGACUACAGGUGGUCCAUCUGCCACAUCAACUGGUCUCUCAGACGCCUCAGGGACAGAGCAGGGACUGCUCUCCUCAGCUUCCUAGGAUAAAUAAAGUCAUGAGCACUGGCUUUUUUUCGCUCUUUUGUUGGGACCAAGCUCAGCUGUUUUCAGGGUUUUGCUUCAAUUGUGAGAAGUUAUUUAUCUGUGAUUUUGUAUUAUGACUUAAUUCUCAACUGUAUCCCCUGUGAAUCACACUAAUAAUGAGGUGCUGUCAAGUGAUUCUGCUCUCUUCACAAGUCGAGACAGACCAAACAGACGACAGGUGAUGGUUUAAUACCUUUCUGUUUAUUGAUUGACGGGUAGCGUAGAAGAAGAUACAGCAGGCACAAAAUACAGCACUCUGAUUGGCCAGUAAUAUUACAAAUGGUGAUCUUGUUCUAAUUUUUUUUUUCUUCCUGUUGUUCGAAAUGUCCUUUAUGCCCUUGUGUCACCCCCCCACAGACAUCUCCUACGUCUUUCCUGCUGGUUUGUAAGAUACAUUUUGUGGAAACAUUUUGCACUUCUAUAGAAAAAGGAAACUACAGUACAUUAUUUGUUUUGUUUAUACUCAAGUGAACAAACAUGUCAUCUUUGGAAUAGACAGUAGUGAGCUCAUCAGUGUUUACUGAUCAUGUGUGUUACUACCACGUGUUUACACAAGUUGACCGACUGCCUCGCCAGUGUUCGAAUACAGAAACGUAUUGUAAAUCUUGGCUGUGUAGAAAAAAGAGAUGUUAUAUAUGCUAUACGAGUACUAUAUAAUGUAUUGUGAAUACAUAUUUAAAUACAUUAAAUAAUUCAUUAUUUGGCUAAUUAUUGCA